CGCGCCAGUCAGUCACUGGGAUGCGCGAGACCCAGCAGCCACCGAGCAUAUAGCGCGGGCUAAAACGAAAGCUUACCAAUAAUUAAAGAUCCUUCCUUUCUUGUUGUCGAAGGAGAAUAAAGCAGAUGAUGCAUGCGAGAUGGAGUUAGAUUUUUGUUCCACAGAACCAAAGACACAAUGAGAGGGUCUAGGUUUAGAGAUCACUGAACAUUUGGUUCAUACGCAUAUCAGCAGCACAUUAGAGUUGUUUUGCUCUGUGAAGAAAAAUAGUUAAUUUUCUCCUGAAGUGCUGGAUUGUACCUAACUUGACAUGGCUCUUUUAGUCCACCUAAAAAUGGUCCGGGACCUUCGCGGAAAGGCGGACAGAAUCGCCAAAGUCACAUUUCGAGGUCUGUCGUUCUACACACGUGUUCUGGAGAACUGUGAGGAUGAGGCCAGAUUUGAUGAGAUGUUCCGAUGGCCGAUUGCCAGUAGAGUGGAUGAAAACGAGAUACUGGAGCUUCAAGUGUUCAACUACAGCAAAAUCUUCACCAACAGAGUCAUUGGAACCUUCCGGAUGGUUCUACAGAAGGUGGCGGAGGAGGGGCAUCUGGAGGUGACAGACACACUCAUCGAUGACAACAACACCGCCAUAGGGACUAGUGUUACCGUAGACAUCAAGUACACGACCAUGGAUGGGACAGUGGGGGUUUGGAGCGAUGGGGAAUUCCUGGACGUUCCGGGCGACCCAGAGGGAACGUUCCAGUUUGAGACAGACAGCCUGCUUUCCGGACACAGCCAUGGAUCAGGAUCAGGAGUGUCUCCUGGACGAUCCAUCCACGGAAUUCCCACUUUCAGGAAAGCAGGGAAGGGGGUAUUCUCAGCCAUGAAGCUCCACAAGAGCAAGAGCUCCAGAGACGACCACAAGAAAGAUGAGCCAGCCACCCUGGACAUGGAGGAUCUGGACAGGAAGGCCUUACGUCUGGGAGGGUUUGUGGGUCUGGACCCAGACUGCAUCUCCCUGGCAUCCGUCACCGCCGUCACCACCAAUGUCUCCAACAAGAGGUCAAAGCCUGAUAUCAAGAUGGAACCUAGUUCUGGGAGGCCUGUGGAUUACCAGAUUAGCAUCACAGUGGUCGAGGCCAGGCAGCUGGUAGGCCUAAACAUGGACCCUGUUGUCUGUGUGGAGAUUGGGGAAGACAAGAAGUACACCUCCAUGAAGGAAUCCACCAACUGCCCCUACUACAAUGAGUAUUUUGUCUUUGACUUCCACGUCCCACCAGAUGUCAUGUUUGACAAGAUCCUCAAGCUCUCAGUGAUCCACUCCAAGAACCUGCUGCGGAGUGGCACCUUGGUUGGCACCUUCAAGCUAGAUGUUGGCACCGUCUACUCCCAGCCUGAGCACCAGUUCUACCACAAGUGGGCCAUGCUGUCUGACCCUGAUGACAUCACGGCGGGGUGCAAAGGAUACAUCAAGUGUGACAUCGCCGUGGUGGGGAAGGGGGACAAUAUCAAGACUCCCCACAAAGCCAACGAGACGGAUGAAGACGACAUAGAGGGGAACCUCCUGCUUCCAGAGGGAGUUCCGUUGGAGAGGCAGUGGGCGCGGUUCUACGUGAAGAUCUACCGAGCCGAGGGCCUUCCCAAGAUGAACACCAGCAUCAUGGCCAAUGUGAAGAAGGCCUUCAUAGGGGAGAACAGAGACCUGGUGGACCCCUACGUACAAGUGGUCUUCGCUGGACAGAGAGGGAAGACGUCUGUACAGAAGAGCAGUUAUGAGCCCAUCUGGAACGAGCAGGUGAUCUUCACAGAGAUGUUUCCUCCGCUCUGCAAACGCAUCAAGGUCCAGAUACGAGACUCUGACAAAGUCAAUGACGUUGCCAUAGGAACGCACUUCAUUGACCUGCGAAAGAUCGCCAACGAUGGUGACAAAGGGUUCCUCCCCACCAUGGGCCCAGCCUGGGUCAACAUGUAUGGCUCAACCCGCCACUACACUCUGAUUGACGAGCACCAGGACCUGAAUGAGGGGCUGGGGGAAGGUGUGUCCUUCAGGGCCCGCCUCCUCAUCUCUGUUGCCGUAGAGAUCCUGGACACCACCUCCACUGAGAUUGUGAGCUCCACCGAGGUGCAGGUAGAGCCUGUCUCCAACAUCUCAGAGAGUGCCACAGGGAAAAUAGAGGAAUUCUUCCUAUUUGGUUCCUUCCUGGAGGCCACCAUGAUUGACAGGAAGAUCGGCGAUAAGCCAAUCAGCUUCGAGGUCACAAUAGGUAACUACGGGAACCAGAUAGACGGAGUGAGCAAGCCCACCGCAGCUAAGAAGAAGAAGAAGAAAGAGGGAGGAGGAGAGAGUGAUGAGGAGGAGUCAGAGCUGAUCCAGCAGAACUCCAGUGAGGACGAGGCGGAUGAUGAUGGGGACCUGGUGUCUGUGUCCUCCACCCCUCCCAUGAAACCUGUCAUCACAGACAGGAACUACUUCCACCUGCCCUACUUUGAGAAGAAGCCAUGUAUCUACAUCAAGAGCUGGUGGCAGGACCAGAGGAGACGACUCUACAACUCCAACAUCAUGGACAAGAUCGCUGACAAAAUGGAGGAGGGUCUGAAUGACGUGCAGGAGGUCAUUAAGACAGAGAAGGCCUAUCCAGAGCGCAGACUCCGAGGGGUGCUGGAGGAACUCAGCACUGGCUGCAAUCGUUUCGUCACUUUGGCCAACAAAGACCAGAACCAGGCAGGCAGAACUAAACUGGACAAAGAGAGACUCAAGUCCUGCAUGAGAGAAAUGGAGAGCAUGGGGCAGCAGGCCAAGCUGAUUCGCUCCCAGGUGAAGAGAAACACGGUUAGAGACAAAUUGAAGAUGGUUCAGAACUUCCUGCACAGGCUCCGUUUCCUUGCCGACGAGCCCCAGCACAGUAUCCCAGACGUGUUUGUAUGGAUGAUGAGUAACAACAAGCGUAUCGCCUACGCCCGCAUCCCCUCCAAAGACAUCCUCUACUCCAUCGUAGACGAGGAGACAGGCAAGGACUGUGGCAAGGUCAAAGCUGUCUUCCUCAGGCUGCCUGGUAAGAAGGGGUUUGGUCCAGCGGGUUGGACAGUGCAGGCUAAGAUGGAGAUGUACCUGUGGCUGGGCCUCAACAAACAGAGGAAGGACUUCCUGUCUGGCCUGCCCAACGGCUUUGAAGAGAACAAGGCUCCCAGGACAAUCUGUCUACAGUCUGUACCCCCCAUCAGUCUGGUUUACAACAUGAAGCAGGUGUUCCAGCUGAGGGCUCACAUGUACCAGGCCAGGAGUCUGUUUGCUGCAGACAGCAGUGGCUUGUCAGACCCCUUUGCCAGGGUAUUCUUCUCCACACAUAGCCAGGUCACUGAGGUCCUGAGUGAGACUCUGUGUCCUACGUGGGAUCAGCUGCUGGUGUUUGAUGAUGUCGAGCUGUUCGGGGAGGCCGGCGAGCUACGAGACGACCCGCCUAUCAUUGUGGUAGAGGUCUACGACCAGGACACUGUGGGCAAGGCAGAGUUCAUUGGUCGGACGUUUGCUAAGCCCAUCACGAAGAUGUGUGACGAGCACUACGGCCCCCCGAGGUUCCCCCCACAGCUAGAGUACUACCAGAUCUACCGUGGUAACUCUACCGCCGGUGACCUACUGGCUGCCUUCGAGCUGCUGCAGAUUGGACAAGGGGGGAGGGCAGAGCUUCCUCCCAUCGAUGGUCCGACAGACUCAGAACGUGGACCCAUCCUCCCUGUACCCAUGGGCAUCCGACCUAUCCUCAGCCGCUACCGCAUAGAGGUUCUGUUCUGGGGCCUGAGGGACCUGAAGAGGGUGAAUUUGGCCCAGGUGGACAGACCCAGGGUGGACAUAGAGUGUGCAGGGAGAGGAGUCCAGUCUGCUCUCAUUCAGAACUACAAGAAGAACCCCAACUUCAGCACCCUCGUCAAGUGGUUUGAGGUGGACUUGCCAGAGAAUGAGCUGCUUCACCCUCCUCUGAACGUCCGGGUGGUGGACUGCAGGGCGUUUGGCCGCUACACCCUGGUGGGUUCCCAUGCCGUCACCAGCCUGCGACGCUUCAUCUACAGCACCCCAGACAAGACACACAACAACUGGGCCAGCGCAGCUAGACUGAUGAAUGGCUACAUGGUCCUGACCAACGGGGGGUCCCAAUCUCGCCCCUGCUCCCCUUACUCCCGCACCCCACCCCGCACCCUCUCUCGCCCCGCAGGUGAUGUCACAGUCAACAUGGAUGCCGACCCCUCAGUCAGGAAGAUGGACACGGUGGUCAAGUUAGACGCUACGUCUGAUGCAGUUGUUAAAGUUGAUGUGAACGAGGAGAAGGAAGAAAAGAAGAGGAAGAAGAAGAAGAAGAAGAAGGGAGAGGUGGAGGAGGACGAUGAGACAGACGAGAGCAUGCUGGACUGGUGGUCCAAAUAUUUUGCUUCCAUAGAGACACUGAUGGAGAUCCUCAGGGCUCAGGAGGCAGCUCUAGCCGAGGCAGAGGAGAGGGAGGACCAGGAGAUAGCAGCAGAGGGAGCAGGUAAACACUGCUGAUAUCAACCUGAUGACCUCCCUGGUAAAGGCUUCAAGGGGAAGGAGAAGAGCCGAGACAAGACAGGAACAAGGAGAAGAAGAAGAGCCACCAUGCAGGGAGGGGACAGAGAACACUCCAGCAAACCCAAAGUGGACGAGCUGCUGGUGUACAACAAGGAGCUGGAGGCAGAGUAUGAUAACUGAGACUGGCUCCACACCUUCAACCUGUACAAGAGGAAGGCAGGGGACGACGAUGAAAGCCUGGAUGACGACAGGAUCGUGGGCAGAUUCAAGGGCUCCAUGUGCAUGUACAAGUUGCCUCUGUCUGAGGAGAUCACCCGGGAGGUGGGCUUUGACCCUAACAUGGGCAUGUAGAGCAUUCCACACAGACCUAUCAACGUGCUCGUGCGCAUCUUCGUGGUCAGGGCCACAGACCUCCACCCUGCUGAUGUCAAUGGGAAAGCGGACCCCUAUGUUGUCAUCAAACUGGGCAAGUCAGAGCUGAGAGAUAAAGAGAACUAUAUCUCCAAACAGCUCAACCCUGUCUUUGGCAAGGCGUUUGACAUGGAGGCUACGUUCCCCAUGGAGUCCAUGUUGACAGUGUCAGUGUAUGACUGGGAUCUGGUGGGCACUGAUGACCUCAUCGGGAGACCAAGAUCGACCUGGAGAACCGCUUUCAGCAAACACAGAGCUACCUGUGGCAUCGCUAAGCGUACUCUACAUGGUUACAACGUGUGGCGUGACCCCAUGAAGCCAAGCCAGAUCCUGGCCAAGCUGUGUAAGGAGGGCAAGCUGGACGGCCCCCACUACGGCCCUGGGGGCAGGGUCAAGGUCGCCAACCGCGUCUUCAUGGGUACCACAGAGAUCGAGGAUGAGAAUGGUCUGAAGAAGCAGACAGACGAGCACCUGGCCCUGACGGUGCUGAAGCACUGGGAGGAGAUCCCCAGGGUGGGCUGUAAACUCAUCCCAGAACACGUCGAGACAAGACCCCUACUCAACCCUGACCACCCUGGCAUUGAGCAGGGGCGGAUUGAGAUGUGGGUAGACAUGUUCCCCAUGGACAUGCCAGCACCUGGGCCCGCCAUCGACAUAUCACCACGUAAACCAAAGAAAUAUGAGCUCAGGGUGAUUAUAUGGAAUACAGACGAAGUAAUACUGGAGGACGAUGAUUACUUCACUGGGGAAAAGUCCAGUGACAUAUUUGUCAGGGGCUGGCUGAAGGGUCAGCAGGAGGACAAGCAGGACACAGACGUCCACUACCACUCUCUGACGGGCGAGGGGAAUUUCAACUGGCGCUUCGUGUUCCCCUUCGACUACCUGAUGGCUGAGGAGAAGAUCGUCAUCUCCAAAAAGGAGUCCAUGUUCUCCUGGGACGAGACCGAGUACAAGAUCCCUGCACGCCUCACCCUGCAGGUCUGGGACGCUGACCACUUCUCCGCUGAUGACUUCCUAGGUGCGAUAGAGCUGGACCUGAACAGGUUUCCCCGCGGGGCGAAGACAGCCAAGCAGUGUUCUAUAAACAUGGUCCAGAACCAGGCAGAGCUGCCUUGCAUCUCCAUCUUCAAACAGAAAAGAGUCAAGGGCUGGUGGCCAUUCGUGGCUCGCGACGAGAAUGACGAGAUGGAACUCACGGGUAAAGUGGAGGCGGAGCUUCAUCUCAUGUCGGCAGAGGAGGCGGAGAAAAGUCCUGUUGGUCUGGGACGCAAUGAGCCUGACCCUCUGGAGAAACCAAAUCGCCCGGACACCAGUCUCAUGUGGUUUGUGAACACCCUGAAGUCCAUCCGCUACUUCAUCUGGCACAACUACCGCUGGCUGAUCCUCAAGGCCCUGGGCCUGCUGCUGCUGCUACUCCUGUUGGGUCUAUUCCUAUACUCCUUCCCUGGAUACCUGGUCAAGAAGAUGCUGGGGGCCUGAGGGGGCUGAGACCUACCAGGGCCACUGGUAGCCCCCUCUCUCUUCUCCUAUCCUACCGUUUCCUCUCCUGUUCCUUCUUUUCUGUCACUUUCUCUUUAUCAUUUACCCUCUCGCUGGUCCUCUCCUUUUUUCUGUCUGGUCCUCUCUCUGGUCCUCUCCAGUUCUCUCCUCUGUUCCUCCUUUUCACUGAUCCCAUAUCUGUCUAUCCUUUUCCUCCCAUCUCCUGCGGUAUCUGUCACUCAAUGGAUGUUAUCACAUCUUCUUCUCCCCUUUCUACCACCUUCCUUUUCUAUAACCUCUUUCUUCUAUCCCUCAACCUCUUUCAUCUCUUGUCCUCUUUCUUUUCAGGUCCUAUUUUCCACAUCUCAGGUCUGUCUCUCAAUCUUUGUAUUUUCUCAGAUAGACAAAGAUUGUGUCUGGUACCUAUUCCUCUUUGCUUUGUUUCCUGCUUCUCCCUGUCUUAGUCUCCUUUCCUGUGAUGUCGCUUGUCUCUCAACCUGUCAAUGUCUUGUGUCAAUCAUGAGUCUGCCAUUGUGCAUUACACCGUCAUUACACUGGAGACGUAUUAUAUGCAGCGCAAAACUUUUCCCUAUAAAUGUACAGCAUUAUACUGGCAGCAGAGUUGCUAGCAGUCUAAACCACUCCAUGGUGAACUUCACCAACAGAGUGGAGCAGAGACCAGGCUUUGUGGAAUAUCUAGCUCCGACUACAUCGAUUCACCCAAGGUCAAUACUUAAAAAUAAUAAUAAUAAUGAAACGCGGUACCUAUGUUUGUCUUCUGUAGUUACGUGCAUUUCUUUGUUGAAAUCCAUACUUUUUCAAUAAAUGUUAAUCAAAUACAACCACUGACUUUUUGCUCGUUUCUGUUUCUCAGAUGGCAACUUAGCGUGAAUGCUCAUGUGCCAAUUGAAUCUCCGAUGACGUAGACCUAGGUCUCCAAACACUCAUUGUACAAUCAAAUCACACAAUCUUCAGAUGGUGUGUCGACCAAUCAAAUCACACAAUCUAUAGAUGGCGUGUCGACCAAUCAAAUCACACAAUCUACAGAGGGUGUGUCGACCAAUCAAAUCACACAAUUAACAGAUGGUAAUUUUCCUUACUGUAAAACAUGUUACAGCAUACAGCAUCCCUGCUGUAAAUUGGAUGCUGUAAUGUUUUACAGUAAGGAAAAUAGUACUGUGAAAUAUAUAACUGCAUCUCUGCUGUACAGCAAAAUUACAGUAUUAAGCUGGCAACUCUGGUGCCAGGAUAAUGCUGUAAAUUUACAGUGAAAUUCUCCCUGAAAUCUGAAUUUAAGAAAAAACAUAAAAUACAUUUAUUCAAGUUGUUAACAACAUUAACUACAAAUCAACAAUAAGGGCUUUCAUUAUAUGGGCAGCAGGUAGCCUAUCGGUUAAGAGCUUUGGGCCAGUAACCGUAAGGUCACUGGUUCAAAUCCCUGAG